UCUAGAAAAAAUUAAAUUCAUGGAUGAGAUCGUUGAGAUUUAUGAACAUUCAGGUGAAGAGAAAUGUGAGAAACUGAUUUAUGAAAUAUUCUGGAUGAUGAGAGUCACGAUAUACAGAAUUCAAAGAUCUUCCCUUAACUUUGAAUUGAUAGAAUAUCUUUGCAAAGCCACUUUAGCCUGUAGCAGUCCAAAAGUGUUAUCAUGAAUACUUAGCAUCUUCUUGUACAUCAUCAAGCAGUUUGUAGCAGAAAUAAAAUCAGAAAAUGGAAACACAGAAGCUAGAGACAGCUUCCAGAGAGCACGUGGGGAAAUAUACCCAGUCCUUUUUGAAUGUAUUCCGAUUAUUAAGGUAUCAGAAGAUAACUUGAAGUUCAUGAUAAAGAUUCUAGAGCUCACGCUUUUCCCAGAAGACCAAUUAGAUCAACAAGCGGUUGAUCUAUAUGAAGAAACUGGAUUAAGAGAGUUUGUACAAGAAGUUGAAGAUCAUAAAUUCCAAGGUCUAAGAGACAAAGCGAGUGACUUAGAAUUCCGCAUUCAAAAAGGCCAGAGAAUGGAGGAAGACCUUAAAUGUGAUGGAGAAGCACUCUAUUUCGGCUAAAAAUUUGAUAAACUCUUUCUGAAAAAUUCCAUGAAAUCCAUGAGUAAGACAAUUCAGCCCUUACUUCAAAUUAUUUACCAAAUUUUAUCUUAUUGAAAUUGGAAUAUUU